UUUUCCAAGCAGCGGUUUCGUUUGUCAGCACAGCAGAGCUGAGAUGUCUGGGCGCGGCAAACAAGGAGGCAAGGCUCGGGCCAAGGCUAAGUCGCGCUCGUCCCGCGCUGGAUUGCAGUUCCCGGUGGGCCGCGUGCACCGCCUGCUGCGCAAGGGUAACUACGCGGAGCGAGUGGGAGCCGGCGCGCCCGUGUACAUGGCGGCCGUGCUGGAGUACCUGACUGCCGAGAUCCUGGAGCUGGCGGGCAACGCGGCCCGCGAUAAUAAGAAAACGCGCAUCAUCCCGCGGCACCUGCAGCUGGCCAUCCGCAACGACGAGGAGCUGAACAAGCUGCUGGGCAAGGUGACGAUUGCGCAGGGCGGCGUGCUGCCUAACAUCCAGGCCGUGCUGCUGCCCAAGAAAACUGAGAGCCACAAGCCCAAGGGCAAGUAAAAGCGUUGCCUGGAAGCAGGUGGUUUUUUUUGUUUUUUUUUUUUGCUGAACAGUCUGAACCCAAAGGCUCUUUUAAGAGCCACCCACAACUUCAAAGGAAGAGCUGGUUACUAAAUUACAUGGAGUACACAAAGUCGGUUUGCUGUUGAACCAGUAGCUAGAGCAUACUAGACGUAAAUCCCAUACUGUUGGAAUACAUACUAAAGUGCAACAAACAUUUUUGCUAAACUGAAAACCCCUUUCAAGCCCACACUGCGUAUUUCGGGAGUCUUAGAAAAGCAUCACUGAA